CCGCCCCCUCUCCCGGCUUCCCGCUGCCGCCGCCGCCGCCGCCGUUGCCCGGAGGAGAGCAGAAGGAGGAGGGGGAGGAGGACGAGAGAGGAGGCCGAGCUCCCCUGACCCGGACCCCGGCCCCUGACCCGAACCCCCGGUCCAGCGUCUGCGCCUGCGCCCGAGCCGCCCGCCCGCCCCGACCGUGGGACCGCCCGUCCGGCCGCCUGGGGCCCGGGCCCGGCCGGGCGCAGGGGCCGGGGCGGGGGCAGGGGCCGGGCCGGGUCGGGGCGCAGCCCCUCCUGCCCCGCGCCCGCCGCCGCCUCAGAGUUAACAACUUGAUGAAAGCACUCAAUCAAAAGAGUCACAAACAUUUAAGAAAGCAAAAUGGGGACUCCUGGUUCUGGAAGGAAGAGAACGCCAGUAAAAGACCGGUUCUCUGCAGAAGAUGAAGCUUUGAGCAGCAUUGCUCGGGAGGCCGAGGCCAGGCUGGCGGCCAAACGGGCUGCCCGAGCGGAAGCAAGAGACAUCCGGAUGCGGGAGCUGGAGCGGCAGCAAAAAGAGCACUCCCAUCGUUCCUACGAUCGAAAAUGGGGCCAGAUUCAGAAAUGGAUGGAAGAUGCAGAAAGGGCCAGGUAUUCUCACCGGUCCAGUCACCAUCGUCCCUACCUGGGAGUUGAGGACACACUGUCCACUCGAAAUAUUGGCAGUCACAGGUAUGAUACUCUGAAGACUCGCUCGACAAAGCAUUCAUCUUCAAGCCAUGCUUACGGUGACUCUUACGGCACGAAGAGGAGGCCUUCUGGCUCCUACAAAGAUCCCUUGAAAGGCCUCUACUUUGACCAGAGGAACUAUAGCAGCCUUAGACACAGCAAGUCCCCCUCUGCCUACUACACUCGGUCUUCUUCCUUGUGCAGUGAUCCUCUGGCGACUUCUAAAGCUCACAGGGUUUCUCGUGCAGUAGACACUGGUCUGAUGAGAAGUACCAGCUUGGCUUCUCUGGGUGAUGUGGGAUUGUAUAGUCCGUACAGUUCACGAACACCAUCAGAAUAUAGUUACUCAUCAAGAGCAAGUUCGUCACGGAGCAGCCCAGUGUUUUCAGAUGAUGACACCAGGAGCCUCGCAUCUUCGGGUCGCUCCAGCCAAGGGCGAAGAGCUAGUGUGGUGUCCGCCGCCGAUUACUUUAGUCGCUCCAGUCGGAGGGGAAGUGUCAUCUCUGAUGUGGACGAUGUCAUUAUCCCAGAUUUGAACAGCUUGGAUGAAAAGUGUGACAAGCAGUAUGCUGAAAUUUAUACCAGGCCUUCUUCUCGCAACUCUGCCUCAGCAACAACACCCCUGAGUGGGAGCGCCUCCCGCCGAGGGAGCGGAGACACGGGCAGCUUCGUGGACCCGGAUGCUUCAUUAAGUGAAUUACGGGAUAUCUAUGAUCUUAAGGACCAGAUACAAGAUGUAGAAGGGAGAUACAUGCAGGGGCUUAAGGAGCUCAAGGACUCUUUGGCGGCGGUGGAGGACAAGUACAAGAAGGCCAUGGUUUCCAAUGCGCAGCUUGACAAUGAGAAGAACAAUUUGAUCUACCAAGUGGACACCCUGAAGGAUGUGCUUGAGGGACAAGAAGAACAGAUGGCAGAAAUCUACCGUGACAAUGAGGAGAAAUCCAAGGAGCUGGAGCGGCAGAAGCACCUGUGCGCCGUGCUGCAGCACAAGAUGGAGAUGCUCAAGGAGGGCCUGCGGCAGCGGGACGAGCUCAUCGAGGAGAAGCGAUGCAUGCAGCAGAGAGUAGACACCAUAACCAAAGACUUGUUUGACCUCCAGGAGACACUUAUUUGGAAAGAUAAAAAAAUUGGGGCCCUAGAGAGGCAGAAAGAGUCCUUUGACUGCAUUAGGAAUGAGCGGGAUGCGCUCAGAGAGGAGUUGGCCAAGCUGAAGGAAACCCUGGAGACAGGAGAGAAACAUGGCUUAGUUAUAAUCCCGGAUGGCACUCCAAAUGGUGACGUCAGCCAUGAGCCUGUGGUGGGUGCCAUCACUGUGGUGUCUCAGGAAGCAGCUCAGGUCUUGGAGUCUGCGGGGGAAGGGCCCCUAGAUGUAAGGCUACGAAAACUUGCUGGAGAAAAAGAGGAGCUGCUGUCACAGAUCAGAAAGCUGAAACUGCAGCUGGAAGAAGAAAGACAGAAAUACUCGCGGCACGACGGCACCUUUGGAGACCUGGGAGGGCUGGAGAACGGGUCAGACCUACAGCUCAUCGAGAUGCAGAGAGAUGCCAACAGACAAAUUAGUGAAUACAAAUUCAAGCUUUCCAAAGCAGAACAAGAUAUAACGACCAUGGAGCAAAAUAUCGGGAGGCUGGAAGGGCAGGUGGCCAGGUACAAGAGUGCAGCAGAGAAUGCGGAGAAAGUGGAGGACGAACUCAAAGCAGACAAGAGGAAGCUUCAGCGCGAGUUACGGACAGCCCUGGAUAAGAUAGAAGAGAUGGAGAUGACCAACAGUCACCUCGUGAAGAGGCUGGAGAAGAUGAAGGCCAACCGGACAGCCCUCCUGUCUCAGCAGUGAGCAGCAGGAGUGCCCAGCCUGCGGCGUCCUCCCUUGGAACUCGCCCUGCUGGGGACUCUGCCCGGGCUCAGGCUAACUCAGACUUCUCUCCUCCUGUGCACACAAACCAUUUGAAUGAAUGCCCAGCUGUUGAGUGAUAUUUCUUGUCUCAUGAUUAAAAGUGGCGUCCUUUUACUGUGUAAUUUAUGAGAGAAUGAAACCGGCUCGAAUCUGUGAAUGAAUUGGUUUUUAUUAGCAGUUUGAUUCUAGAAGAACAGCUGGUGGACCCAGAGGAUUUGUUUUGACAUUUGUAGAAUCAUGGUUCCUCUCUGCCUCCGCUCCUUCCCGCCAGCGGACCUGGAGGCACCUGCCCACACCCAGAGGAGGAGCUGCCUCUUGCACCUGCUUCCUCCUGGACUUGCUCGAGACAUCCUGCAACACAAGUGCCUUCUCCACAAGUGGUGCAAUUCAAACACAUGAACCCUGAAAAUCAAAUAACGUUUAUAUUUCUAAGAGACGUGUGGGGGUAGGGGAACACGGUCAGUGAACUUUAUAUGUUUUAAUGGAAACUUUUUUUGUAAAAUAUUUAAAUUUCUAUCAGAAAGUGUUAAAUGUAUAUAAACUUGCUUUAUUGCAUGGGUGACGGCACCCCUAAGGUCCCAGUUUGUUGUCACAGGAUGUCCGGAGCCCAGGACUCUUAAAAGAAGAGUAGGGACGAGAUGUUGUGCAUUGUAAAUUGUAUUUCAUCUGCUGCUUACUUUUGGAACAAGAGUUGAGGAAUCGUAGGGGGAAGGGAUGGAUCAGGCAGGCGGGCUAGGCCAGGCAGGUGGGUAUCUGGAUGGAGAUGCUAUUAAACAGACACUUUCCGGA